AUGUGGCCGAUUUCUCAGCCCUCAUCAGAGGUGAAGCAACUUGUGAACCGCUUCUUCACUUUGGUAGACACCAAUUCGCAAGAGGCAGGGAAAACCUUGGCCGAUACGAUCUUUACCAAUGAUGAAGUGUUCAUAACAGCGAAUGGCACUUUUCAAGGGGCCGCAGAGAUUUCGCAAUCCAGAGCGAACGCCUGGACGACUGUGAAGUUUCGACGGCAUACAAUCUGGAAAUGCUAUGUAAACGACGCAUACGGCACGGAUAUAUUUAUUGUUGGCAAUUUGGAAAUGGAGACAUUAGCUGGAACAAAGGCAAACCUAGAGUUUGUAGCUCGGAUGAAAAUCCAACAACAGGAGCCGGGGCACAGAGUAUGCAAAUAUCAAGUUGUCAGUCCAGCUCCACAAGACUCGCGGUCAAUUGUUGAUGCAAAGUGA